GUUUGCAGCGCAGCAACUGCCAGAGCUGCGUGGAGGUCUGAGCUGAGCGGGCGUGGGGUGCCUCCCUCCCACGAGAAACGUCUGCCAAUGCUUUCUCAUUAGGACACAGACUCCGAUUUUGGAGCAGUCUUGUAGCUGGAUCACCUAGGAAGAGAAAUUCUAAAGCAGUAAGAAAGUGUUUCAGUUUGGAACACUUAUAUGCCCCUGGAAAUGGGGAAUGGACUGUCAGACCAGACGUCUAUCCUGUCCAGCCUUCCUUCCUUUCAGUCCUACCACAUUGUUAUUCUGGGUUUGGACUCUGCUGGAAAAACAACUGUCUUAUACAGGUUGCAGUUCAAUGAAUUUGUAAAUACUGUACCCACCAAAGGAUUUAACACUGAGAAAAUCAAGGUAACUUUGGGAAAUUCUAAAACAGUCACUUUUCACUUCUGGGAUGUAGGUGGUCAAGAGAAAUUAAGGCCACUGUGGAAGUCGUAUACCAGAUGUACAGAUGGCAUAGUGUUUGUUGUGGACUCAGUUGAUGUUGAAAGGAUGGAAGAAGCCAAAACUGAACUUCAUAAAAUAACUAGGAUAUCUGAAAAUCAAGGAGUCCCUGUACUUAUAAUUGCUAACAAACAAGAUCUGAGGAACUCACUGUCUCUCACAGAAAUUGAGAAAUUGUUAGCAAUGGGUGAACUGAGCUCAUCAACCCCUUGGCAUUUGCAGCCUACCUGUGCAAUCAUAGGAGAUGGACUAAAAGAAGGACUUGAGAAACUGCAUGAUAUGAUAAUUAAAAGAAGAAAAAUGUUACGGCAACAGAAAAAGAAAAGAUGAAUAUUGAUACCUUUUAAAUCUAUAUGGAGUAGGUUUUCUCUGGUCUGAUUUUGACACAUUGAAGAGUAUCUACAGCCUGGUUUGCCUGUUUGCCCUCCUGGAUACUAUUAAAGCUUUGUUUUGUUGAACAGUCAGAUGCCCACCUCUGUUUCCUUGUGGAAGAUGAGCAAAUGCAGUGCUUCUUAAAGUGGUCUUUUCUCCCUACCCCACAAGUCUUCUGGUACUACCAUUUUGGGAAGGCAAGCAAGGAUAGUCAAUUGACCAGAAAACAGUUGUGGAAAUUUGAUCUGAAGUUACUGAAAUAAAACUUUGAAGAGUGUC